AUGUCCUCAACAUCCUUUAUCGAUGCCACCACUGCAUCUUCCUCCUCCCCUUCGCAAACCACCACUGCCACCAGCAAUUCGAAUAACUCGAAUAACCCUGGAUCAUUCUACAAAAACCUAUUUUACAUCCUCAUUGGUCUUCUGGCUGCGUUCGGUCUGGUCAGUUUUCUGAGUUUGAUGAGAGCUAGGAGGAGGAGACAUGCGAUUGUCAGAGAGGCCGAACGAUUAGGCGUGAUUGUACCGGGAGUACCAGGCUAUAUACCUCUGCGAGAUCGACGACAUAUGAAUUGGAUGAAAGCAGAUGGGAGUAACCAUCCUGACUGGUGGGAGAUCGAGAAGGCAAAUAGGCUAGAGCAAGAGCAGGCACAGGAAGGAGACCAACUUAUGCGAGAAGGUCCCGGGUCAGAUUCGGCAAUCGUAGAUCAUCAGAACCAAAACCAAGGACAGGGGAUCACAGAUGAAUUUCACCCUCUCGCGAUCAUACCUCCCAAACCGACCGAACCGACCUUACAACCUGUCCCAUUCUCCACCCUACCCUUCUUCCCCAACCACCUAGCAUACAGACCCGAAUCACUCGUUCCUCCCCCUUCCAAAUUUCUAGAUUGUUCUUCGGAUCCUAAAAUUCUGAACGAACUCGUCAAUGACCGAAUUGAAAUUGUAACAAUCAUCAAAAUGCCCAGUGCCACUCCCACGUCCGAUCCACCCCCUCGUCGUCCGGACGAGGAUGAGGAUGAUCCGGAAAGUAUAAUUAGAGAAUGGAAUGGGAUAGAAUUGGGUAUUACUAGUGCUACUGUGUCGAGCUCACGGGUGGGUUGGAAUGGAUAA